UUGCUGAAAAGAUUUCUCUGUUGGAUGGUCGAAGCUAGUUUUGGGCAGUGGCAAUUGAAGGCUGACACAGCUUGGUGGGCCAUUUUGAUCAAUCUGGUUGGGGCCCGUAUGUAUGAUGUUUGGUAGGACCACUGAACGCUUAGAGAUUGAAGAGGGGUAAAAUGGAAUUUGUUGUUUAAAUGGUGUACUUGAAAUGAAUGAUACAAUAGCGUCAUGGGUUUGCACUAGGAAGGCGAAGAAAGGAGACCAUUCAUGUAAAGCUUCCGAUGGUGGCAUUUUCUCACAUAAAGGUGUAAUCUAUUCCAAAAUCAUGAGCCAAAGCCUACCCAUUGAAGUGGCCAGUGUAAAGGCAACCAACAAGAUGCAGGACGACACACUUAAUAAGGCAGACACAAUUGUGGGCCAUUCCAAGAUGCUUCAAGACGAUCUGCAAAAGUUGGGAUUAAAGAUCAAGCAUCAUGAGGACAACCUGAAAUUUCUGAAGACUCAAACAAACAACUUAGAUGAAUCCAUUUUUGAUAUGCAAGUUAGUCUUGGAAAGUACCACUCAUCUACUGUAGCUGACACUGGAAGUCAGAAUCUUAACCAUGUACACACCGAGCAGAACACUAUCGAACAGAUAUUACGGCAGGAGAAAACAGCAGCUGGCAUAUUGUGCCAGCUGAAAACUCGUCAUGGAGCCCAAGCAUCAAAUCUGCCGCUGACGAAGGAUGUGUUGGGUAUAGUAGCUACUCUCGGCAAAGUAAAUGAUGAUAAUCAUAGCAGGUUUUUCUCUGAAUAUCUAGGAUUGGAAAGUAUGUUGGCAGUUGUAUGCAAGACGUAUGAAGGUGUUAAAGCUCUUGAACUGUAUGAUCAAGCAGGUCGGAUUGAUAAGAGUGUCGGACUUCAUGGGCUAGGCCAGUCCAUUGGAAGGCCCAUGGACGGCCGUUUUCGGGUCAUUUGUCUUGAAGAUUUAAUACCUUAUGCUGGCAAGUUUGUAGCCGAGGACCCACAAAAGAAACUCGCUUUACUGAAACCAAGAUUACCAAGUGGGGAGUGUCCCUCCGGCUUUCUAGGGUUUGCUGUUAAUAUGAUCCAUGUGGACAAUACUAACCUAUCUUGUCUCACUCCCAGUGGGCAUGGCCUUAGGGAGACUCUGUUUUAUUAUCUCUUCUCCCACCUACAAGUAUAUAGAACCAGAGUUGAUAUGCAACUUGCUCUCCCAUGUAUAAGUGAUGGUGCCAUCUCUUUAGAUGGCGGAAUGAUGAAAGGUUCUGGUGUCUUUGACCUUGGCAACUGGAAAGACGUGGAAGUGAGGUUUCCAAUUACCUUAGGAAAUUCAAAUCUACCAGGGGACAUUGGUGAAACUGCAGAAAGGAUCAAGCUUAUGAAAUGGGAGAAGGAAAGAAUAGACGAAGACAUAAAAAGGGAAGAGACAUUAUUAAACCAUGCAAAAAACAGCUUUGACUUGAAAAGGCAAGAGUUUGUGAAGUUCCUUGGUGAGACCUCGCCAUACGUGACUCAGAACGAAGUCAAGGCUGAAAGAAAAUAGAAACAUGCAGAGACGAACCUAUGGCAUGAGCUUUUGCACAGAUGAUUGCUACAACCCAAAGUAAACUGCGACAUUGGCUGUUUAUAUUGCGUGCAGGUUGUCCAAAGGGGUUAUUCUCAUGGAGUAUGUUUCCCUGCACCAUCACCCGUGUUGUUACAUUAUUUUUCUUUUAAAAUCGUGUACCUCAACCAGUGUUGUUACAUUAUUUUGCUUUUUAAAUCGUUUAUAUCAACCAAUGCUGUCACCAACUCACCUUUAAGAGGUUUUUCUUGUCA